GUUCAGUUGUCAGUCUUAAUUUCUAUGCCCGAAACAAAGGAAUCUCUACGGGAUGGAUAAUAUAUAUCACCGGGACACUAACCGGACAACGGUCACGGAACCGGAUGACCCGAUGGAGCAGUUCCCUAGCAGCAUGUAUAAAAAAUGCAUGAUCAUGCUCGGAGCGACCGUGGUUUCGUGGCUCCUCCUCCUGGUGUACAAUGUCCACCUGCACAAAUACCUGCCCUUUCCCAAGUUCGUCCUGGUAGUGAUCGUUUUCCUGCUGAUCGUGAUCAUCCACGGCAUUCCCCGGAUAUCCUACUACUCGCCCUUCAUUUGGACACUGGCGGCUAUUGUGGUGCUGUGCACCAUCGUCCUCGGUUGCGCCAUCAUCGACCAGCUGACCAUGGUGACCAUGGUUCUGGUGAUGCUCGGCGUGGCUCUACUUAUCCUAAUCCUCAACUUUUUUGGUGCCAUGUGUCCGCAGGAAGUGCUGCCCGGUGGCGUAUGCUCCACCCUGCUGAUGAUGGCCCUCCUCGCCGUUCUGUUCAUCGUGGGAAUCGCCCAUCUGAUCAGUGGAAAUGUGGAACUACUCGACGCCUUUGUGAGCAUCCUGUUCGUGAUGCUGAUCAUUGCGAUUCCCAUCCAGGCCCAGUUCAACCACGGCCGUCUGGAUGUCGUGGAGCUUGUCCCGACAGAGCACCUCAUGAUCUGCAGCCUCACCGUGUACUUGCAAUCCAUAAUGUUCUUCUGCUGCGUCUGCUACUUCAUCCUGGUGGACGAGAGAAAGGCGGCCACCGAAACCACAGAAGAUGAUGACCUACCGGAAACCGUGUCCUUCCAAGAUACUUGAUUGAGAGAAUAGUCUGGAUUUGUUUUGUUGGAUUGCUCGAACGACUUGUAAUUUUACUUGCAACAAAUCUGAGUACAAAAACCUGCCGAGAAGUAGGAAUCUAUAUUAUGUUAUAUUUUUAUAUUAAUAAAAAUGUU